AUGCGAGCCCCAAAACUCUUGAGGGAUGGGGAACUGGCUUUGACUCAUCUACUGUCGCCCUUUAGGUCAAAACCCAGAACAUUCUACCAUCGUCACACUUCUCCUCCCCCACAUCGAAGUGCCUUACCUGCAACCACCAUCCCACCACUUUUCAGAAUGAGUUCAAAUUUACGAGGCAGUCCAGAGUGGACUGCAAAAUUUGUGCGGGAUACAUUUAUUCAAUAUUUCCAGAAAAAUGGACAUACUUUUGUCCCCUCAUCUCCUGUGGCUCCUCUUUCGGACCCAACAUUGCUCUUUACAAAUGCUGGAAUGAACCAGUUCAAGUCGAUUUUUCUAGGCACUGUGGAUCCACAUUCUGACUUUGCCAACUUGAAGAGCGCAGUCAACUCGCAAAAGUGCAUUCGUGCCGGUGGUAAGCAUAAUGAUUUGGACGAUGUGGGAAAAGACAGUUAUCAUCAUACCUUCUUUGAGAUGCUUGGUAACUGGAGUUUUGGUGACUAUUUCAAGGAAGAAGCGAUUACUUACACCUGGGAGCUUCUGACAAAGAUAUAUGGGUUGGAUCCCCAGCGUCUCUAUGUUACCUAUUUUGAAGGGAAUAGAGACGGUGGCCUUGAACCUGACUUAGAGGCAAAGGAGCUAUGGAAAGCAGUGGGUGUUCCAGAGGAUCAUAUUCUUCCCGGGAAUAUGAAAGAUAAUUUCUGGGAAAUGGGUGAUCAGGGCCCCUGUGGACCUUGUAGCGAAGUUCAUUAUGACAGAAUUGGUGGGCGCAAUGCUUCCUACCUUGUCAACCAGGACGACCCCAAUGUUCUUGAGAUCUGGAACAACGUCUUUAUUCAGUAUAACCGUGAGUCGGAUCGGUCCUUAAAGCCUCUUCCAAACAAGCAUGUCGACACCGGCAUGGGCUUUGAGCGCUUGGUCUCCGUGCUCCAAAACAAGUCAUCAAAUUAUGACACCGAUGUGUUCUCUCCGUUAUUCCAAACCAUCAAGAACAUCACCGGAGCACGGCAGUAUCAGGGACGAUUUGGUACCGAUGACUCGGACGGCAUCGACACGGCUUAUCGGGUCGUGGCAGAUCAUGUCCGAACCCUGACAUUUGCCAUCUCAGACGGCGUCACACCGAAUAGCGAAGGUCGCGGUUAUGUGGUUCGUCGGGUGCUUCGGAGGGGUGUCCGAUAUGCCAGGAAAUACUUUGGGGUUGAUAUUGGCAACUUCUUCUCUAAAAUUGUUCCGACCCUUGUGGAUCAGAUGGGCGACAUGUUUCCUGAACUGAAACGUAAACAGCGCGAUGUCAUGGAAAUACUUGAUGAGGAAGAAGUCUCAUUUGCGAAAACCCUUGAUCGUGGUGAACGGCAAUUUGAGUAUUAUGCCCAGCAAGCUAAAAUGAAGGGAGAUGACAGACUCCAUGGUGCUGACGUUUGGAGACUGUAUGACACAUUUGGCUUCCCUGUCGACUUAACCCGCCUUAUGGCAGAGGAACGUGGGUUGCGAAUUGAUGACCUUGAGUUCGAAGAAGCUCGAUCAAGAGCUAAAGAGGCAAGCAAAGGACAGAAGAAAGCUGCCGCCGACACCGUUAAACUGGAUGUCCAUGAUCUUGGAAAACUGGAGAAGAUGAAUGACGUUCCUAAGACGAAUGACAUUGCCAAGUUUAGUAUGGGGAAUAUAUCUGCUCAGGUUAAGGCGAUCUACUAUGGAAAAUCCUUCCACUCUUCCACUGAGCAGAUACCUGAUGGGGACCAGCUUGGGCUUAUUCUUGACCGUACGAAUUUCUACGCUGAACAAGGCGGUCAGGAAAAUGAUACCGGUAGGAUUGUCAUUGAUGGGCAGGCUGAGCUUGAAGUUGGUGAUGUUCAACUUUAUGCGGGGUAUGUCCUUCAUACGGGUUUCAUCAAGUAUGGCUCUCUCUCCGUUGGCGACGAGGUGAUUUGUGAAUAUGAUGAACUUCGCCGGUGGCCUAUCAGGAAUAACCACACAGGGACGCACAUUCUCAACUUUGCCCUCAAAGAGGUCUUGGGAGAUGGUGUAGAGCAGAAAGGAUCCCUUGUUGCUGCCGAGAAGCUCAGGUUUGAUUUCUCUCACAAGUCUCCAGUCACAGAUAAAGAGCUGGAAAAGAUUGAGGAAAUAUCGACCGAGUACAUUCGUCAAAAUUGCGCCGUCUACUCUCAAGAGAUUCCCCUCGCAACGGCUCGACAGAUCUCCGGAGUUAGGGCUGUUUUCGGGGAGACAUAUCCGGAUCCUGUUCGUGUUGUGUCUGUGGGUGUGGAGUUGGAGGAGAUCCUUAAGAACAUUAAGGAUCCACGCUGGGAAAAGGUCAGCAUCGAGUUCUGCGGCGGAACUCAUGUGCAGAAAACAGGUGACAUCAAGGACCUUGUCAUCCUAGAAGAAGGCGGCAUCGCCAAAGGCAUUCGCAGAAUAAUUGCGGUUACUGGGGAGGAUGCUCACGAAGUGCAGCGUGUAGCUCUAGGAUUCGAGAAGCGCUUGGAUCGCCUUGAAGCAAUGGCUCUGGGCCCAGAGAAAGAAAAGGACGCUAAGCAUAUACAAGUCGAGCUUAGCCAGUUGUUAAUCUCUGCCGUUCAAAAAUCUAAGUUCCGGGAACGUUUUGCUAGUAUCAAUAAGCAAAUUAUCGAUGCACAAAAGGCGCAACAGAAGCUUGAAUCGAAGAAGGCUCUCGAGGCAAUAACUUCCUACUUCCAGGACCCGGAAAACCAAGAUAAAUCAUGGCUUGUUGCCAAGCUUCCAAUCUCGGCGAAUGCAAAAGCUGUUAGUGAAUCUUUAAACCACGUCAAGUCGAAGCUGCAAAACAAAACGGUUUAUGUUCUGGCCGCGGACUCCGAGCAGGGUCGUGUCGCUCACGGCUGCUAUGUGUCAAAGGAAAUAAGCGAUCAAGGAGCUUCUGCUAGCGAGUGGGCAGCUAUUGUUUCUACCGUAGUUGGUGGAAAGGCUGGUGGCAAAGGCCCUACAUCUAUCGGCAAUGGUACUAACCCGGACAAAACCGACGAAGCUAUUGCUCUGGCCUCAGAUUACCUUAGCAAGUUCAAGCUUUAA